UCAGCUUCUUAGAUCCAUUCAGGUCCAGAGUGAAACAGUCCAACCUUCAUCCAGCUUCCAGCCUUCACUGAUGCUGAAGCUGUUUCUGCUGGAGAUCCACAUGAAGAGUGACUCGGCUUCACAUGUUGUCAUCCUGGAUUUACACUCACAUCUCCAUCUGUCUCACUCCAGAUGUUUCUCUGUUCCAGCUGCUGGAGGACAACAUGGUGGCUUUCAUGAAGGAGGAGCUGAAGAAGAUGAAGAAGCUCCUGAGUCCAGAUUACCCAGCAUGCUCAGAGAGUGAGAGAGAGGAUGAGGAUGAAGAGCAGAGGAGCAGCAGAGAGUCAUUAGUGAGGAUGACUCUGGACUUCCUGAGGAGGAUGAAGCAGGAGGAGCUGGCUGAGCGUCUGUGGAGCAGAACUUCUGCUGCAAUCUGCCAACAGAAGCUGAAAUGUGGCCUGAAGCAGAGGUUCCAGUGUGUGUUUGAAGGAGUCUCUAAAGCAGGAGAGUCCACCUUCCUGAACCAGAUCUACACAGAGCUCCACAUCACAGAGGGAGGGGCUGCAGAGGUCAAUGAGGAACAUGAGGUCAGACAGAUUGAAGCAGCAUCCAGGACAGCAGACAGAGCAGAAACAAGCAUCAGACCAGGAGACAUCUUUAAAGCCUCACCUGGAAGAUCUCAGCCAAUCAGAGCAGUGCUGACAAAGGGAGUGGCUGGCAUUGGGAAAACAGUCCUGACUCAGAAGUUCACUCUUGACUGGGCUGAAGACAAAGACAACCAGGACGUCCACUUCACAUUUCCAUUCUCCUUCAGAGAGCUGAAUGUGCUGAAGGAGAAGAAGUUCAGCUUGGUGGGACUUGUUCAUCACUUCUUCACUGAAACCAAAGAAGCAGGAAUCUGCAGCUUUGAAGACUUCCAGGUGGUCUUCAUCUUGGACGGUCUGGAUGAGUGUCGACUCCCUCUGGACUUUCAGCACACUGAGUUCCUGACUGAAGUUACAGAGUCCACCUCAGUGGAUGUUCUGCUGACAAACCUCAUCAGGGGGAAACUGCUUCCCUCUGCUCGCCUCUGGAUCACCACACGACCUGCAGCAGCCAAUCAGAUCCCUGCUGACUGUGUGGACAGGGUGACAGAGGUCCGAGGGUUCACCGACCCCCAGAAGGAGGAGUACUUCAGGAGGAGGUUCAGAGAGGAGGAGCAGGCCAGCAGGAUCAUCUCCCACAUCAAGACCUCCCGAAGCCUCCACAUCAUGUGCCACAUCCCGGUCUUCUGCUGGAUCACUGCUACAGUUCUGGAGAAGGUGUUGAAGAGCAGAGAGGGAGGAGAGCUGCCCAAGACCCUGACUCAGAUGUACAUCCACCACCUGGUGGUCCAGGCCAAAGUCAAGACGGUCAAGUAUGGUGGAGGAGCUGCCACAGAUCCACACUGGAGUCCAGAGAGCAGGGAGAUGAUGGAGUCUCUGGGAAAACUGGCUUUUAGUCAGCUGCAGAAAGGACACCUGAUCUUCUAUCCAUCAGACCUGACAGAGUGUGGCAUCGAUCUCAGAGCAGCCUCAGUGUACUCAGGAAUGUUGACCCAGAUCUUCAGAGAGGAGAGCGGCCUGUACCAGGACAAGGUGUUCUGCUUCAUCCAUCUGAGCCUUCAGGAGUUUCUGGCUGCUCUUCAUGUCCAUCAGACCUUCAUCAAGUCUGGAAUCAACCUGCUGGAUGAACAACAGCACACAUCCAAUUGGUCUAAAGUGUUGAUGAAGAAGCCUAAUCUCCACCUUCUCCAUCAGAGAGCAGUGGACGAGGCCUUGAAGAGUCCAAAUGGACACCUGGACUUGUUCCUCCGCUUCCUCCUGGGUCUUUCACUGGAGACCAAUCAGAGUCUCCUUCGAGGUCUGCUGACACAGACAGGAAGUUGCUCACAGACCAAUCAGGAAACAGUCCAGUACAUCAAGAAGAAGCUGAGUGAGAGUCUGUCUGCAGAGAGAAGCAUCAAUCUGUUCCACUGUCUGAAUGAACUGAAUGAUGGUUCUCUGGUGGAGGAGAUCCAACAGUCCCUGAGAUCAGGACGUCUGUCCACAGAGGAACUGUCUCCUGCUCAGUGGUCAGCUCUGGUCUUCAUCUUACUGUCAUCAGAAGAAGAUCUGAAGGAGUUUGACCUGAAGAAGUACUCUGCUUCAGAGGAGGCUCUUCUGAAGCUGCUGCCAGUGGUCAAAGCCUCCAGCAAAGCUCUGUUGAGCUGCUGUGGUCUGUCAGAGAGAAGCUGUGGAGCUCUGUCCUCAGUCCUCAGCUCUCAGUCCUCCAGUCUGACACAUCUGGACCUGAGUAACAACGACCUGCAGGAUUCAGGAGUGAAGCUACUGUCUUCUGGACUGGAGAGUCCUCACUGUAAACUGGAAGCUCUCAGUCUGUCAGGGUGUCUGGUCUCAGAGGAAGGCUGUGCUUCUCUGGUCUCAGCUGUGAGCUCCAAGUCCUCCCAUCUGAGAGAGCUGGACCUGAGCUACAACCAUCCAGGAGCCUCAGGAGUGGAGAAGCUGUUUGCUGCAGUGGAGGAUCCACCUUGCAGUCUGGACACUCUCAGGGUGGACCAUGGUGGAGAGCAGAGGUUAAAACCUGGUCCCAGGAAGUAUUUCUCUCAACUUCAACUGGAUGAAAACUCAAUGAGCAGAUUCCUCAAACUGUCCAACAACAACAGGAAGGUGACACCUGUGAAGGAGGAGCAGCCGUAUCCUGAUCAUCCAGACAGAUUUGCUGACUGGACUCCUCAGCUGCUGUGUAGAAAUGAUCUGAGUGGUCGAUGUUACUGGGAGGUCGAGUGGAGCGGAUAUGUUUAUGUAUCAGUGAGUUACAGAGGAAUCGGGAGGAGAGGAGACAGUAAUGAGUGUGUGUUUGGAUGGAAUGAUCAGUCCUGGAGUCUGGACUGCUCUGAUGAAGGUUACUCUGUCUGGCACAAUAAAAGAGAAACAUCCAUCUCCUCCUCCUCCUCCUCCUCCUCCUCCUCCUCCUCCUCCUCCUCCUCCUCCUCCUCCUCCUCUGGUAGAGUAGCAGUGUAUGUGGACUGUCCUGCUGGCUCUCUGUCCUUCUUCAGAGUCUCCUCUGACUCUCUGAUCCACCUCUACACCUUCAACACCACAUUCUCUCAACCUCUCUAUGCUGGAUUUGGAAUCUGGAACUCUGGUUCUGGUUCUUCAGUGAGUCUGUGUCCUCUGUAGGAAGGACGGUCUCUGUCUCUGACAGCAGUCCUGUCAGCACCAAUCAGAGAUCAGAGAACAUCAGUGGAGUUCAGCAGGGUUCACAGACGGAGCCUCCAACACUUUGUAAAUAUGUGGUCAGUUUCAGUUUCAGGACGUUUUCUAACCUCCUCAAGUCUUUGUCAGCAGCAGUGGAGACGAUGAGGACAGGACUCUUCUGAUCACAUUGUGACAUUUGAGUUGUUGAUGUUGGAUUGUAAAUGUGAACUGAAUCAGUGUUCUUCUGCAAGUUACCAAAAAUCAAUCCUUGAUUUCAUUUCCUUUAGGAGUUCCUGAAGUUAAAACUCAACAAGUUCUUUGAUUUCUUUCUUUGUAAUGUCAUGGUGUGGCGUCCACUGUGGGAGAAGACACUCGUCUGUCUCCUCCUUGACGACUUCCACAUUAUUUUCUUUUAACUUAUAUCCAGUUAUCCUGUUAAAAUGUGGUGAAGGUUAAUUUUCUGUGUUUCAAACAGUCCUUGUGUUUUGGUCCAGCCCAGCCGGUCCUGAUUGGACCAGUCUGGUCUCAGCUGGACUGAUUGAAGGAGAGUCUGACUGAGAGUCUGAGUCUGUCAGUCUGCUGCCAGGCUGGAAGUGAAGCUCUUUUUAACACUGAUGGACAAAUGAAGCUUUCUGAAGCUCUGAUGCUGGAUGGAAGCUUUUCUACACCGUCCUCUUUGGCGCCACCUGGUGGCCAAAAGUCUGAAGAGCAGCUUGAAUGAACUGCUCCAUGAUGGUUCCAGAGUUCAGUUCACUGCUUCUCUUUAUGAUGAUGUGACCGUUCUGUUUGCUAUCAGGAUCGUUGUGGGGAUAUGAACAAGUGAUUCUGAGGGUGAAAAAUAAUCUUUUAUUGAAUUGAUGAAUAAACUUUCCUGGAUUGAA